AUGGUCAACUACUACUGUCGUCAUCUAUAUGGAUGCAGAUGGUUUUGUUUAACAAUCUUUUUUAUUGUUGGAUUUUUAACAUAUGCUUUCCAUCCUGAUAUUUUAUCAUUUCUACCAAGUAAAUAUACGAAAGUGAAUAAUAUUAAAUCUUAUGUUCCGGUAAUAAUAGAACCAUCGACUUCUCCAGAAGUUAAACAACUGAAUUCAGAAGAAGAAAAACAAAGUUAUACUUAUGAAAAUUUUAUUCAAUGGAAUCGAUCAUUAUGCAGUAUUCAAUCAGAUCAUCGUGGACCAAAUCAAAAAGUAAUUAGUAUUUCAGUUUAUGGAUCAUCAUCAAAUUAUACCGAUAAUGGAAUGUUUGCAUGGGAAACAUCUAUAUUUUCAUUUUUAAUACCACUUGCUAAUGAAGUUAAAUUACUUCUUCCAUCAUGGAUUAUUCGUCUCUAUAUUGAUUUUACUGGUAGUACUAAAUCUCAAAAGAAUUUUCUUUAUAAUUUUUCAAAUAUUGAUAUAUGUGAUAUACACAAUAUACCUAUGUUUGGUUCAUCAUUAGUUUCAUAUUUACCAGGAAAGAUGUGGCGUUUUUUACCAGUAUUUGAUCCAUUUGUUGAUUAUUUUCUUUCACGUGACCUUGAUUCACCUAUUAUGAAACGUGAAACUGAAACUAUUGAUAUGUGGUUAUCUGAUAAUGAGAGAAAGUAUAUCUUUCAUAUUGCACGUGAUAAUAAGCAACAUAGUGUACCUAUAUUAGGUGGACUUUGGGGUGCAUCUCCUGGACGUGCUCGUCAUUAUUUAUAUCAUAUUUUUCAACCGAUACUUGUACCAUCAAUUGCUCAACAAUAUAAAGGUGCAGGUGAUCAACUAUUUAUUUCACACAUUAUUUGGCCAUAUGUUAAAAAAUAUUCAUUGAUUUUUGAUAGUUAUUAUUGUGAUGUAUAUGGUGGUCAGCCAUUUCUUUCUCAACGUCCAGUAGGUGAUAAUUGUUUUCUUGGAUGUAUAAGAACAUGCUGUGUCAAUACAACUUCUCACGAUUCUCAGAAUCCAAAUAAUACUUGUCCACCAGCUUGUCGACCAAAAGAUCAUCAAGAUUGGAUUUAUUGUUAA